GUUAAAAUUCUGUGUCACCAGUUGCUGGUCCAGGUGUGUGACCUGCUUAGGCUAAAGGAUUGUCACCUCUUUGGACUCAGUGUUAUACAAAAUAAUGAACACGUAUAUAUGGAGUUGUCACAAAAGCUUUAUAAGUAUUGUCCAAAAGAAUGGAAGAAAGAGGCCAGCAAGGGUAUUGACCAGUUUGGGCCUCCUAUGAUUAUCCACUUCCGUGUACAGUACUAUGUGGAAAAUGGCAGAUUGAUCAGUGACAGAGCAGCAAGAUUCUAUUAUUACUGGCACCUGAGAAAACAAGUUCUUCAUUCUCAGUGUGUGCUCCGAGAAGAGGCCUACUUCCUGCUAGCAGCCUUUGCCCUGCAGGCUGAUCUUGGGAACUUCAAAAGGAAUAAGCACUAUGGAAAAUACUUUGAGCCGGAGGCUUACUUCCCAUCUUGGGUAGGCACUGUCUUCAGAUUCUAAAGAGUGUUUUCUCUAGCGCAUUUCUAGUUCAUUUUGCUGCUACUCACGCUGCUUCAAGAAGAGGGGACCCAGACAUUUUGUGGCCAGUAGUUUUACUCUUCAUGAAGCCCCAAAACAAAUUUCACACUUGAGAGCAUGGCACACAUGAUGGUACACGUGCUUAUAGUUAAUGGGGAAGAGGAUCGCUGUCCAUCCUAACUGUGGUGGAACUUGGACUCUGCCAGCCUCCUUCGGCACUU